AUCGGGCCCUCCAGGCCAUGGAGCGCUUACAGACAAAACUUCGGGAUCGAGGUGACAUUGCAAACGAGGAGAAACUGGGCUUGUUAAAAUCAGUGCUGCAGAGUCCUCUUUUUAACCAAAUUCUCAACCUUCAGACUUCUGUUCAACAACUCAGAGAUCAGGUAAAUAUUACACCUUCCAUACAUUCCACUGGUGAAUUCCCCCAGCUUCUCCAUCAUGGUGUGAAUGUGGGGUCCUUGCCACAUAAUGAGUCAUACUUGUUGGCUCAGCAGAAUGGCAGCCCAGCUAAUGUGCUAGAAGCAUCGAUGAGAUCCCUUACUCCUCAGAUUAAUGGGAAGUCCUCUAGUGAUGACUUUGAGCAGCUGAUCAGAAGUAUGUCCCAGGGUCGUCUUGUUGAGACCAUUGAGCUCAUUAAACCUUUAAGUGGUGGUCUGGGCUUCAGUGUAGUGGGACUCAAGAGUGAAAACAGGGGAGAGCUAGGAAUAUUUGUGCAAGAAAUCCAGGAGGGAAGUGUGGCACAUAGAGAUGGAAAGCUGAAGGAAGCAGAUCAAAUCCUUGCUAUUAACGGACAAGCCCUUGAUCAGACAAUUACACAUCAACAGGCUAUCAGCAUCCUACAGAAAGCAAAAGAUAAUGUCCAGCUAGUUGUGGCCAGGGGCACUUUCCCUCAGCUCAUCAGUCCUGUAGUUUCCCGGUCUCCAUCUGCUGCUAGCACAGUUUCAGCCCAUUCCAACCCGGUUCACUGGCAGCAUGUGGAGACCAUUGAGUUGGUGAACGAUGGCUCAGGUCUGGGAUUUGGGAUAGUGGGAGGGAAGUCAACUGGAGUGAUUGUUAAAACCAUCCUCCCAGGAGGGGUGGCUGAUCAGCAUGGGAGAUUGUGUAGUGGAGACCACAUCUUGAAAAUUGGUGAUACGGACCUGGCUGGAAUGAGCAGUGAGCAGGUAGCACAAGUUCUGAGGCAGUGUGGAAAUCGAGUGAAACUGGUAAUUGCAAGAGGUCCUAUUGAGGAGCCGCCUCCACCAACAGUCCCUCCAGGUACACCAGUACCCAUGUCCACACCAGAGAAACAGGUAGAUGCUUCUGUUGAUAGCUGUGGUGAUGGGGAGAAAUUCAAUGUUGAACUUACUAAGAACAACCAGGGAUUAGGAAUAACUAUUGCUGGUUACAUUGGAGACAAAACGUCAG